GCCCAAACUCUUUAAAUUAAUAACUAUAUAAUUAUUCAAGUAUAUUAUUGAAUGGCUAUCACUAUGUUUCCUACUCUCCAUUGCAUCUUCUUCCUCAUUCAGAUCUGCUGAGCUCAACUUGAAGAAAGCAAAAACAUGAAAACCAGAGAAUCCAUAGCCCAUAAUUCCCAGAAAGAAAAAAAUGGCGGCAGCCAUGAUCACCGUCAAGAAUUCCUGCAAUUCAAGCAAGAUGACAGGUUUUUCUCGAGACUUUUAUCCAAGGAGAAAUCAUCGAUAAAAGGUGAGUCGUCUUUCAGAUUCUUCUACUAUGGAGAUUCCUCGAGAGGCUCGAUUCCAUUCCGGUGGGAAUCGCAGCCGGGGACGCCGAAACACUCGCUCUCCGCCGCGUCUCUCCCGCCGUUGACUCCGCCGCCGUCGUACCAGACCGCCGCCGAGCUGAAAUCCGGCGGCCGCCGCGCGUCGAGAUUGCCGUCUUUCUUCUCGAGGAUUUCUUCGAAGAAACCGAGUUUCGGUCGUGUUUCGUCGUCGAUUUCUUCGUCGUCGUGUUCGUCGUCGUUCUCGCUGCCGUCCACGGCGGCGAUCGGCGGCCGGCGACACCGCUCGCAGUCGGAUUUGCAGUUGAGGCUUGAGGACUUGUUCAGAGAUGAUGAUGAUGGAGAUUCUCCGACUUCGACUCUUUGCUUUGGCGGCGGCGGCCGUGGUAACGGCGGCGGCGCGGCGGCUGGAAGUGAGAGUGGUGGCUCCAAGAGCUUCCAUGUUCGCCGGUCAUCAUGGCUGUGCUUGAACAAUAUUAGCGUCUUUUAAGUUUUAAUUCAUUCUUAAUUUUCUGUAAUGACAUGAUACGAUGAUGUUCGUCUUGUACAUCGUUGAAAUCUGUCCGUUUGUAAUUUUCUGAAUAAUAAUCCAUCAUAGGCACCAAAUGCCUUAUUGUCUUUUUCUACUUCUGGAAUGAAUUUAUCUUGUUCCACUUGGUAA